AUUCUGCCUUGAAUUAAGUAAAGAAAAAAAAAACGACUCUCGAAUGGGAGCCGGCUCUGAUGGUUCAGCUAAAAGAGCCGAUUCGUUCGUGACCAGCACAUCACUAGCGGGAAUUCAUCCGGAAGUGGCUCAUGUCAGCAAGGUGGUCACUUCCGGCAUUGGUUGUUUCUGUUCUUUUAAUACAUCCAUGUUUAUGUCACGUGUUCCUGUGAGGUGAAAUCUACCAGAUCAACAUGAAUCCGCUAACGAAGGUGAAGCUGAUCAACGAGCUGAAUGAGCGUGAGGCCAACCUCGGGGUGAACGAGUCCGUCUCCUGGCACACGGAGUACAAAGACAGCGCCUGGGUGUUCGUGGGAGGAUUCCCGUACGAGCUGACUGAAGGAGACAUCAUCUGCGUCUUCUCUCAGUACGGCGAGAUUGUCAACAUCAACCUGGUGCGAGACAAGAAGACGGGGAAGUCCAAAGGUUUCUGCUUCAUCUGCUUCGAGGACCAGCGGAGCACCGUCCUCGCCGUGGACAACUUCAACGGCAUCAAGAUUAAAGGUCGGACGAUCCGCGUGGACCACGUCAAAGACUACCGUCCUCCCAAAGACACGGAGGACAUCGACGACAUCACCAAACACCUGAGGGAAGAGGGCUGCGCUCCUAAAGACCGCGCUCCUGAAGACCGCGAGCCCUCGUCCUCGUCCUCAGAGGAAGAGGAAGAGGAGCAGUACAGCAUCCCCGUGAAGAAGACCAAGAAAGACAAGAAAGACAAGAAGAAGAAGAAGAAAGAGAAGAAGGAGAAGAAGGAGAAGAAGAAGGAGAAAGAGAGGGCGAGUCGGGCGCCGCACUCUUCCUCCUCCUCUUCAUCACCUCCUCCUCCUCCUCCUCCUCCUGACGUCAGCGUCAAAGAGGAGAAGGAGGACGCCGCCUAUGACAAGUACAACCAGAGGGGGGCGCCGCCGGGAGGACAGCAGAACGGACAGAGAGCCAGGGACGAGAGACUCCGGGGGGAGGAGGACAGGAGGAGGGACAGAGACGAAGACAGGAAGAGAGACACAGACAGGGACAGAGAUGAAGACAGGAAGAGAGAGAUAGACAGGGAGAAAGACGAAGACAGGAAGAGAGAGACGGACAGGGAGAGAAACGAAGACAGGAAGAGAGAGACAGACAGGGAGAGAGACGAAGACAGGAAGAGAGAGACAGACGAAGACAGGAGGAGGAAUCAUGACAGGGAGGGCGACAGGAGGAGAGAGACGGACAGAGACUAUGAAAGGAAAAGAGAGUUUGACAGAGACAACGACAGAAGAGAGACAGACAGAGACGGCGAUAGGAGGAGGGAGACAGACAGAGAGAGAGACGGCAAUAGAAGAAGAGAGACGGACAGAGAUAAUGACAGUAGAGACAGAGACAGUGAUAGGAGGAGGGAGACAAACAGAGACGGCGAUAGAAGAAGAGAGACAGACAGGGAGAGGGACAGUGAUAGAGGAGGGAGACAGAGAGACGUAGACACUGAGACCAGGAUGAGGGAGACAGAGAGACGAAGACACCGAGACCAGGAUGAGGGAGACAGAGAGACGGAGACACUGAGACCAGAGGACUCUGAUGGUGGUGUUGGUGUAAAGUGAACUCGACAUUAAACAAACUUCACUUUCCAGAUGUGUUAAUUCUGGAAUCCUACUGCCGUCCUGCUGGCGCCCUCUAGAGGACGCAGAGGUCAUUACUCAACAUGUGAAGCAGCACUGGGUUGAAUAAAUAUGUAAUAACUGUAAUAAAACUAAGAAAUGUCUUCA